AUGAGCUCCCUGGGUUUAAAUAACAUCUUCUUAUGUUUCCUUGUCCUGCUAGGUCGUCAACACCUUGAUAUGAGCUCCUUGGGUUUAGCUGUUGAUGGAACCCCUCAGACUAACGAGCCAGCUGAAGACCCCGCCAAUGCUUAUCGUACCAUAGCUGAUGUUGUUGGCGGACGCAGAGCAAGCUCUCGACGCACUGUUCGAGGGGGGAGUUCUGCUGCUAGUCGUACUGCUAGAGGUGGGGGCUCUGUGGCUAGCCGCACUAGCAGGGGGGGGGGCUCUGCAGGAAUAACCGCUGGGGCGAGCACCUCAACGCCACGUUCUGCCCCUGUUUCUCGGGCUACCCCUUCUAUAUCUGCCUCUGCUCGGCGUGGUCAGACCACACGGGGAGGAGGUAAUAUUGCGGGCCAACGUCGGCCUCGUCCUGAGACGGAAAGCGUUUCUGUUGACGUUACGCGAACUGCUGCAGACCAAUUGCAAUCUGCUCAUCCUGACCAAGUUGUGAAUUCCUCUAUCUCCGAGCAGGUGGAGAUUGUGGCCGAGGAGCAGGACGUCCCUUUUGUGCAGCGCCCAGGUAAGCGCAUUUGCACUGGGGAGAGUUCUCGCUCGCAGGAGCAGGCCCAAGCUUCUGCCCCUGCUAACCAGAGCACCGCUUCUCUUCCUACUUCAUCUGCUGCUCUUGCUGCUUACUUGGAGGAGCAACUGAGGUUGCCUGAGUCCUCUGUUCCUGCUUUUGUGAAUAUUAGGAACGGGGAAUUUUUGGAGAAGGAGGCCAUUGAUGUUCGCCCUGCGGUGAACCCUGAGUUGGCUGCCUGUUUCUCCCCUGCGCCGAUUAGCGAUGACAUCUUCGCUCCUCACUGGGAUGUUAGAGCUAACGAGUCUUUGUAUGCCAGCUUCCCAGAGAAAGGCGGAACGUUGGCAUACCGGAUGCUGAAGGGGUUAACACUGCCAGCUGACCGCCCCCUUGAGCGUGUUUACACCCCUGGGGCUAAUGCCUGCCAGAAAGUGCUAGAGGCUGGGGUUGCUGUGAAGGAGCUCUGUGACUUCUUUUUUUUCUAUCAGAGGAAGCAUGAUGAACAUCUUGCUCUUCUUGAAGAAAAGGAUAAGCAGAUCCGAGACCUGACUUUGGAAAACGAAAGAGCAUCCUCCUCCCUCACUAUUGCCAAUGCCAAUGUUCAGACGAUAUCCGUCGAAAGAGACAACUUGGCUAGUGAGGUUGUAGCUCUGCGUCUAACUGGGGAGAAUUUAGCUAAAGCUCAGGCGGAGGUGGAGGCGGAGAGGAAGCGCACUGAGGAUUUGGCGGAGCAGCUAAGCUUUGUUGAGCAGAGGCAUGCUGAUGAGCUGGCAGAACUUCGCCUUUCUGUGCAGAAGGAGGUGGCUGCUGCUGUGCGAGAAUUUUGUCGCUCUGACGCUCAGUAUGCCCUUCUAACGCAGAGGUAUGAUGGCGGGUGGAAAGCGGCCUCUCUCAUAAUCAAGCACAAAUAUCCGCAGUUUGAUUGGAGUUUAAUCGAAGAGGACUGGCUUGCUGGCCUACACCUUACCAUUCUUAAAGAACUGCGGGAGGCUGAAGCUGCUGAGGGUCAUGCCGUAGAGCCUAGUGAUGUGCCCGACUUCUGCGUCGAGAACAUUCACCCUGGAGAUUUGCCUUUCUCAGAUGAAGAUGAUGUUGCAGGCAAUGACGAAUAAUGGGUGUGGCG